GGACGUCACACGAAGCGUAAACUCAAAAAGUUUACGCGUAAACUGGGUUGCCAGGCGUAAACUUCAUGUCAAAAAGAUUUCAGGUCCGAGAGGGUGAAAUCUUGGCGUAAACUUUGAGCGUAAACUUUUGACAGAUAAAUUUACCGCGCGCUUUUCAUCGCACAUGGUAAACAAACGAAAAACAAAAAGCGAGCGCAAUGGAAAACACAAAAAAACAGUCCGGAACUACGCAAAACAGGAUAUCGAGCAAAGCCGUGCCGUGAUAGAGGCAGUAAGUAAGCGUCCAUCUUUAUGGAAUAAAAAGUUGGACAGCUACAAAAAUCGAAACGUCCAAAAUGAUGGGUGGACGGCUAUAGGUAGUGAGGUAGGGCUUCCAACUGCUGAAGCUAAAGCAGUGUGGAAAAACCUCCUCAACUCCUAUAGGACGUACAGGAGUAAAGUAAAAAAGUCGAAGCAUAGUGGGGCAGGCGCAUCGGAGGUGUACGUGCCAAGAUGGUUUGCCUAUGAAGCCAUGGCGUUCGUCGAGGACACGAUGGAGGAUGCGAACCAUCAGGAUACCGUAUGUAUAAUAUAUGUUUGGUUUAAGUAUAUGUAUGUUUAAUUUAGUAUUAAUGUUUAUUGGUUAAUGUUUAAUGUUCAAUAUUAACUUUAAUUAAUUGCUUUUAAUACUUUAAAAUUAGAUUUUUUUAUAAGAUUAUAAACUAUAAGAAUAUUGAGGUGAUCCCGCGGCAUUUCCGUGUAGGACGUUUACGCCAAGUAGAAGAAGAAGCCGGUCUCGUAGUUCAGUCGUCAACUCGUACGACAUAAACAACAUGCCCGUCAUGGGUUCAAUCCCCAAAU